UCUUCACUUCAGUCCACUCCGCGUUCGCUGGCGCACUGACGGUGCGUAAAGACCAAGGAGAGGACGCGCACCGGCAGCUGCUGAGAAAAUAGAACAUUCACGCGCUGCAUUUGUAGAUUGAAAACAUAUUUAAUAUCAACGCAUUUGAGGACAUCAAUCGUUUUCAAUGAAUCGUCUGUUUCCUCCGUCAAGUUAUUUUUCGUGAGAUUCCGCAGGUUUCGCCAUGAGCUGUUUGGAUGUUAUGUAUCAAGUAUAUGGUCCUCCGCCUCAGCCAUACUUCGCCGCUGCAUAUAGCCCCUAUCACCAUCAGAAACUGGCAUUUUACUCCAAAAUGCAAGAGGCUCAAGAGAGUGUCAGCGCGAGCAGCUCGUUCUCUAACCUCCCUGGGCAAACGUCGAUUAAGGAGGAGGACUGCGCGCGUGAAAAGGAGCACCCGCCCGAGGCUGAGUACCUGAGCUCGAGAUGCGUCUUAUUCACGUACUUCCACGGUGACAUCAGUUCGGUAGUCGAUGAGCACUUCAGCCGGGCGCUAAGCCAGCCCAGCAGCUACGCGCCCGGUUCCGCCACCAAGUCUGCACGAGAUGGCUCCUUCCCGAUGAGCCAAAGAAGUUUCCCCCCCUCCUUCUGGAACAGUGCCUACCAGCCCAGCCUGUCCUCCCCCCUGGGACCCCCACACUCAGAGCUACCCUUCCACGGGGACCCCUACUCCUCCGCCUCCCUACACAGCCACCUCCACCAGCCCUCUCCCGACUCCUGGCACCCCUCGCACCACCACCACCACCACCACCCCUACUCGCUAGGGGGCACCAUCGCUACCCAGAGUUCCACCUACCCGAGGUCCAGCAUGCACGAGGUCUACGGCACGCCCUUUGACCCCCGCUACAGCUCACUGCUGGUGCCCUCCGUACGGCCUCACCGCCUGCCCCCUGCGCCCGGCCCGGUGGCCAGCGCUUCGCCAUGCGACCUGGGGAAGAGCGAGGCAGGAGCCACCUGGACCGGAGCCUUCGCAGCGGCGGGGCCAGAGAUGGGUCUGAAUGUGGACGCAGGUCUUCAGGCCCAAGAUAAAAGCAAGGACCUAUACUGGUUUUAGAAGUCUGCCACUGUCCUCCCUCCUUUCUUCUCUCUCGCUCUCUCUACCAUGCUUACUAGCGGCUCUUGUGUUCUGUCAUGCGUGGCAACUGGCUGAGAUACAGACUGACUGACUGACUGACUGACAGGCAUACACACAGACUGGCUUGUAGACUUGCAGGAAGACCGAGAGACAGGCAGUGCUUUACUGUAACAGGUUGUGGUCUGACUUGCAGCUCGUCGCUACAGCCACUGUGGCAGGAACCUCCUGAGCUGAGAACACGCACUGCUCUCGUCCACAGCCCAGAGAGAAAGAGAGAGAGAGAAGGGGGACUGCUGAAGAGAAAGAGACAAAGGGAGUGAACGGAAGACAGCAUAGACCGGUUUCUUGUUUGGAGACGGAGCCAAGCGAGAAGCGUCGAGGGACGGAGGUUUUGCCAGGGCCUGACCAGGCAGCCGACAGCUGGACACUCGGUGGUGUGUUGCUGUCAGACGGUCCUGCCCCCCCUUUGAACUGUGUUGAACUCCCCUUCAACUCCAGCGAGAACUCUGCUUGAAAAAAAUAAUUUUACAAAAGGAAAUCUUUUUUUUUUACGGUGAAAGUACGAAACAGGUUCCAAUUCUCCGCAACACCUGAGACUGCACGAACUCGCUCGACGGGGGCGGGGGGCCGGGGCCGUCGAGCGUUUUCCAGAGAAGGCAGAGGACGGACAGGGAGAAAGGAGCGUUCUGACGUGACCGAGGCCAGAAGCAGCUAUUUGAAGCCACUUGACUCUAUCUAUACGGCUCCCAAAACAGCUGUCAGCAGCAACUGUUAACCUCAACUCAAUGGGCACACACACACAGACACACACACACAUACACACACACAUGCACACACGCACACACACACAGCGACACGCACACCGCAGAGGGCUUGACCAAGACCUCUGUGCUUCAUAAAAGCAGCCUGUGUAAGACGUGGAGGCUGUCUGAGGUUGAACAAAUGCUGGGACUUGAGAUCAGGGAAACAGCAGUGAACUGUGAUACAUACUGUACGUGUGUUGUGUCAGAGCAUGUGUGCAUGUGUGUGUGUAUGUGUGUGUGGUAGUGAACCAGUGAAUGUGUGUGUGUGAGAGAUCUCUGACUUUUGUUGUCACCCCACUGAAAA